AAACACACACUCUCUCUAGAUUGUGGAGUUUUCAAAGUCCACGUCUACCACUUUCCCAACAAGAAAAUAGCUCUCCAUUUUCUGCUUCAAUUUUCUUCAGUAAUUUGCAGUCACAUUUCUUAGAUUGGAAAUUUAAAUAUACAUUCCAUAUCGAUCCUUGAUGUGUAUUAGCAUGGGUUACAUUCAUAAUCUAGAAAUUUACACUGGCGGUGGCCAUUGAAAUCUUUGCUUCCAACAGCUUGAAUCAUUGCAGCGAUUACUAUGGGUUCACAGCAGAUCGACAUCGUAAUGCUCCCAUUCAUGGCUCAUGGCCAUCUUAUACCAUUUCUAUCUCUCGCAACACAAAUCCACCACCGCACUGGCUUCAACAUCGCCAUUGCCAACACCCCUCUCAACAUUCAGUAUCUCCGUUCCACUUUUCUCCAACACCAAAACCCUCCUCCAUGGAUCCACAUAUUUGAGCUCCCAUUCAACAGUGCAGGCCAUGGCUUGCCACCCAACUCAGAGAACACUGAGAACUUGCCUUUGGAUCAAAUCGGUAAACUCGUUAUUUCAUCUGUUUCCCUCAAGACCCCAUUCCAUAACUUGUUGUUAGAUAUCAUAAAGAAACAAGGAAAGCCCCCACUUUGUAUCAUAUCGGAUGUUUUCUUCGGGUGGGCUGUCGAGGUUGCCAACAUUAUGAACACUGUAAACAUCACUUUUGCCACGGGUGGAGCUUAUGGAACCUUGGCUUUAUUUUCCUUUUGGUUGAACCUCCCACAUCGUAAAACAGAUUCUGAAGAGUUUAAUUUGCCUGGAUUCCCUGAAAGAUGUAAGUUUCAUGUUUCUCAACUCCAUGAAUUUAUGAGAAAAGCUGAUGGGAAUGAUUCAUGGUCCAGGUUUUUAAAAUCUCAGUUUUCAAGUUCUCUGCAGUCUUUUGGAUGGUUGACGAACACAGCUGAAGAGCUUGAGCCUCUUGGGUUGGAUUCACUGAAAAAAUACACACAGUUUCCAGUUUGGCCAAUUGGGCCUCUUCUACCCAAACAGUUGCUAAACAAGUCGCCAUUAUCGUCUUCGAGUUCUACAACACAACAUGCAGGAAAAUCGCCUGGAAUUUCAGCUGAGAAAUGUGUCGAAUGGCUUGAUAUGCAUGAUCUUGCUUCAGUUCUAUACAUUUCUUUUGGAUCUCAGAACACUGUGAGUCGAUCACAGAUGAUGGAACUUGCAAUCGGGUUGGAAAAAAGUUGGACAUUAUUCAUUUGGGUGAUUAGGCCUCCACUUGGAUUCGACUUAAAAGCUGAAUUCAGAUCGGAAUGGUUACCAGAAGGGUUUGAAGCUCGAAUGAAAGAGAGUAACCAAGGCUUGCUGGUGAAAAACUGGGCACCACAAUUGGAGAUAUUGUCACACAAAUCAACUGGGGCAUUUUUAAGCCAUUUUGGGUGGAAUUCAACAAUGGAAAGCUUAAGCCAAGGUGUGAAAAUCAUAGGGUGGCCAAUGGCGGCUGAACAGGCUUUCAAUUCCAAGAUGUUGGUGGAUGAAAUGGGUGUGUCGGUGGAGUUAACAAGAGGGGUUCAGAGCAGUAUUUCAAGUGAAAAGGUUAAGGAAGUGAUAGGAAUUGUGAUGGAGAAGGAAGGGAAAGGAGGGGAUAUGAAGAGAAAAGUUGAAGAGAUUGCACACCAGAUAAGGGAAGCUGUGAAAGAUGAAGGAAACGAAAAGGGGUCUUCCAUUAAAGCAAAGGAUGAUUUUAUUUCCGCCAUUAAAACAAGGAAACAGUGUUCAGUGCAUCUAUCUUGGAUCUAUCCGCAAACUAGUAUUGUGUGGUAGUUUAAUAAUGUAAGUGGUAGUUCAGAGGGCAAGCAGAUUGUAACGGUUCAUCUUUGCUAGUUUACAUUUUCUUCUUGUUCCAUGGAAACUACGUGUUAUUUUGAUGAUUUUUAGCAAUUGAGAGCAAAAAGAAGUAAAAUAUAAAAUAGGAGUUUAAUUAUUCUUUUUAAAUUUUAAGAGUAUUUUUUUAAUGUGUUUUUAACAGUUUAAUUAUUAUUAUUUUUUAAAUUGAAGCUUUCUACAUCCUUAAACUUAUUUUAUUUGAUAUUCUUUUUUUUAUUUAAAAAAAACAACAUAUAAUAACACAGUAUUUUCAUAAUUGCUUACAACUAGACCUGUCCAUGGGUCGGGCGGCCCGGCCCGACGGCCCGCCCGAAAUAUGGGAGGGUUUGGGUAAAAA